CAUUUUGCUAGAACUUUCAAGCUCUAAAUCACGUACAUGCUUCUCAUCCAUCUCUGUUGAGAUGCCAACACAGAUUUCCCAAUCUCAUCCCGUUCAUGAAGAUGAAGUUUUUAAUAUGACAAUUGAAUGUCUUCAUUGCCGCGCGCUCAUAACCAAAGAAAUCCUUACGAAUCAAAUGCUGUUAUCGGUUGAGCUGAAAUAUGUUCGCCUCGGCGUAGCAAAUACCGGAAGGAGAGAGCUCGUUAGAGAUGGUGAUGACCUCGCCUUCCUUUCCCUCUUCAAGUAAUAUCGAAAAUGGUGAUUGCGUUUCUGAGAUCCUGGAAAACCAAAUGGUCGCUUUUAUCUGCAACCCCACGCUUAAAUCCCUUGUCUGGCUUCUUUCCUCGGCGCCGUUUUCCAGCCAACGCCGCCCAGCUUAUGGUUGUGGAAGGAGAAAGUGUUUUUCUGGAGUUCGAUUCUUAUGCUUAUGCCCGAGCUUUGACAUCUUGCAUUGCCGGAGGAGAACCAUUCAGGGGAAAGGCUAUCCACUGUCACGUUCUGAAAAAGGGUGGUUGUUUAGAUUUAUUCUGUCGGAAUAUUCUCCUUAAUUUUUACGGCCAUGCCAAAUGCGGCAAUUUUACCGAGGCCACUGUGCUUCUCCUCAAGCUCCAUAGAGAAGGCCAUGAGCUUAACCACUUUGUCUUUACCACUGCUCUUAAGCUGUUUAUAAUGAUGGAUUUACCAGAGGUUGGACAUUGCCUGCAUGCUAGCAUCUGCAAGCUUGGUCAUGAUAACAAUUCUUUUGUUGGAGCUUCUCUCAUUGAGACCUACUCAUGUUGUGGACUUGUAGAUGAUGCGCGAGGGGUGUUUGAUUCGAUAAAGAAGGACAUUGUUGUUUGGACUGGGAUGGUGACUUGCUAUUCUGAGAAUGAAUGUGCAUAUGAAGCCUUGCUCCUCUUCUCUGAAAUGAUGAAAGAAGGUUUGAAUCCAAACAACUAUACUCUUACUAGUUUGCUCAAAGCUUCUGUUUCCUUGUCAUCUCUGGCUCUUGGCAAAUCUAUACAUGGUUGUUCUGUGAAAUCAAUGUAUGAAUCUGAUGAGUAUGUGGGUGGUGCCCUGCUUGACAUGUAUGCCAAAUGUGGAGAUAUUGAGGAUGCCCACUUGGCUUUCAAUAUGGUUCCUGAUUGUGAUGUGAUUUUAUGGAGCUUUAUGAUUGCACGCUAUGCACAGAGUGAUAAGAAUUCAGAGGCUUUGGAUCUCUUCCAGAGAAUGGUUAAAUCCUCUGUAGCUCCCAAUGAAUAUAGCUUUUCCAGUGUUCUUCAAGCAUGUGCAAAUAUAGGAAACUUGGACUUGGGUGGGCAAGUCCAUUGCCAUGUGAUGAAGAUUGGCCUCCUGUCAGAUAUUUUUGUGGCAAAUGCUCUUAUGGAUGUCUAUGCUAAGUGUAGUGAUUUGGAGAGCUUACAGAAGAUUUUCCAUGGAUUGUACCAUAAAAAUGACGUGAGUUGGAACACAAUUAUUGUUGGCUAUGUGCAUUUAGAUCUUGGAGAUGAUGCUCUAAGAUUGUUUAAGCAGAUGUGGGAUAUUGGUAUACAAGCAACUCAAGUAACUUACUCUAGUGCUUUACGAGCUUGUGCAAGCGGCGCAGCCAUUGAGCUGGUUGGUCAGAUUCAUUCUUUGGUUACGAAGACUCCAUUCAAAGAUGAUAAUGUUGUUAGCAACUCCCUUGUUGCUUCAUAUGCUAAAUGUGGUAACAUCAAAUAUGCUUGCAAGGUCUUUGGUCUCAUGAAAGAGCAUGAUAUAAUAUCCUGGAAUGCACUGAUAUCUGGUUAUGCUAUUCAUAGUCUUGGCACAGAUGCUUUAUCUGUUUUCAGAAAGAUGACUGAAGAAGGGAUCAAAGCCAAUGGAGUAACCUUUGUUGGUUUGCUAUCAGCAUGUAGUAAUAUGGGUUUGCUGGAUGAAGGUCGAUCUUUGUUCAAUUCUAUGACUGAAGAUUAUAGUAUUGAACCUAGUAUGGAGCAUUAUACAUGCAUGGUUAAGCUUUUUGGACGUUCAGGACAUUUUGAUGAGGCCAUGAAACUUAUUAAAGAGAUUCCAUUGCAAGCUACUGUGAUGGUUUGGCGUGCAUUGUUGGGAGCUUGUUUGAUCCACAAGAAUGUCGAUUUAGGAAAGGUUUGUGCUGAAAAGGUUCUUGAGAUUGAACCACAAGAUGAGUUGACAUGUGUGUUGCUGUCGAAUUUGUAUGCUGCAGCAGGAAGUUGGGAUAAUGUUAGCCUUAUUAGAAGCUAUAUGAGAAAUCAAAAUGUGAAGAAGGAACCAGGCAUCAGCUGGAUUGAGAAGCAGGGUGAAAUCCAUUCAUUCACUGCCGGAGAUCUAUCACACCCAGAUAAGAGGGUGAUUAAUGCAAUGCUGGAGUGGCUGAAUAGAAAGAUCAGGAAAGCAGGCUAUGUUCCUGAUUUUAACGUAGUCUUGCAUGAUGUAGGGGAUGAGCUUAAGAAAAGACUUCUAUGGCUACAUAGUGAGCGGCUGGCUUUGGCUUUUGGACUUGUUGGCUUGCCACCAGGAAGUCCAAUUCGGAUCAUUAAGAAUCUUCGGUUCUGCUCAGAUUGUCAUGCUUCAUUUAAAUUGAUAUCAAAGGUUGUAGGGCGUGAACUUAUUGUCAGAGAUAUGAAUCGAUUUCAUCAUUUUGAGGAAGGGAUAUGCUCUUGUGCUGAUUUCUGGUGAUAAAAUAAUUUGGUUCCCGAUCUUUCAGCAGAGCAUCUUAUGAUCGUGCAGCAGUUGGUGAGUGUAGAAACAGAAGGAGAAGAUAGCAGCACAGAGAGGAAAAGAAGAAUGUUAUUUUCUCAUGUCUAGAAUACAAAUAUUCAGAGGUAUUUAUAGAUUACAGGGAGGUAAGUACACAUCAGCAAUACGAAUAUAAACAUAAUGAGCGGACGUGUCUUCUAUGUCUUGUUGUGUUCUAAUACAUCCCGACAAACUGAUGGAUCUUGAAUGACCGUCAGUUUGAGUCUGAGCUGUUGAAAGCGUUUUUGAGGUUGGCAACAAGAAAUUUCAGAGAGGAUGGAAUGCUUGCAGCGUCAAGAGAGGCAGAGUUCUUGAGGCGGAGUUGUUCUGCUCUUCGGUCAGGGAUGUCUCCGAUGAAUCCAUGAACGCAGACGAAUCGAUCGUCCCGCUCUGAUACCAUGUAGAAACGAACUGCCUAGAAGCAGUUCUUGAAACGCAAAGCAGAAGAUAACAGCACAGAGAGGAAAAGAAGAAUGUUAUUUUCUCAUGUCUAGAAUACAAAUAUACAGAGGUAUUUAUAGACUACAAGCAGGUAAGUACACAUCAGUAAUAGGAAUAUUAACAUAAUGAGCUGACGUGUCUUCUAUGUCUUGUUGUGUUCUAAUAGUGAGCCCCAUGGAGAUUUUGGCAAGAGGGAAACAACAGAUUUUGCUAACGUUGAAAGCAAUCAAAGAGCUGCUUACUGCUCUAACUGAUACAAAGGAAACAACUGAGGAUGCGAAUCUACAAUAAUUGAGCUAAAAUUCCUCCUGUGAGCUUCAUUUCUGGAUACAGCGCCCAUUGGCAGUUUUGAUAGCUUCUUUCAGCUGGAAAUUAGGCCUCUGGAAAUUCUUCUUAGAGAAAUAUGCAAAUGGCACACCAGCAUUACAUAUCAUUUGAAUUGGUAGAAUCUCAUUUGGGAAAUAGUCUUGAAUUUUCACUUUUUGCUUUCAAUGCAAAUAGCAAAUAAAGAUUUCUCCAUCAUCACA